AGGGGCUUCCAAAGCACGAACAUUGACGCUGAGUCAAAAACCGGUUAUUCCGAAGCCGCUCGCUGGUCCCGGUGGUUUCCGGUUUUCUUCUGCUUCGCUAUCUAUGGGCUGCCGAGGAAGAUGUCCAUAAAUUUGUACUUUCUCCAUCGGUUGGAUCUCUUGUCGAUCUAAGCGUCGUCGGCUUGCGCCGAUUCCCUUCCAUUGUCCAUCGGCAAUUUCCUGUUUCUUCGACUACGUCGUAAAAAGUUUUAAUUUUAGGUCAAUUCUAGCCGAGUUCUCGAUGGAGGAAAGCUCGAGGAGGGCAAAUGGGUGGUUAGCGAUGAUGGAUUCCUCCGAAUCGAGGUGGGUCUCCCAAGAUGAGGAAGAUUCUAGCGAAGAAGAGGAAGAAGAGGAACGGUUGGUGCGCCGGAGUGUUUUCGAGUCGGAGGAAGAGGACAGCGGGACCCGGAGGUUGAUUAGGACCGCUCCCCGGAUCGAUUCCUUCGAUGUCGAGGCGCUCGAGGUCCCCGGAGCUCAGAGGGAUGAGGUCGAGGAAUUUGACUUGCGCAGGAACUUCAUACUUGCUUUUCAGACUCUUGGUAUUGUGUUUGGGGAUGUUGGGACGAGUCCGUUAUAUACUUUUGAUGUUAUGCUUGAUAAGUCACCAGUUCGUGGGAAGGAGGAUGUUAUUGGGGCGCUGUCUUUAGUUCUAUAUACUUUGAUUCUGAUACCGCUGGUGAAGUAUGUGUUGGUGGUCAUUCGGGGCAAUGACAACGGCGAAGGGGGCACAUUUGCUUUGUAUUCAUUGAUAUGUAGAAAUGCAAAGGUAAGUCUUCUACCAAACCAAUUGCGUUCUGACACGCGCAUAUCAAGUUUCCGCCUCAAGGUUCCAUCACCAGAACUAGAGAGGUCUCUAAAAGUUAAGGAGCAUCUUGAGUCUUCAUGGAUGCUCAAGAAACUGCUUCUUAUUUUGGUGCUUUUUGGCACUUCCAUGGUCAUAGCUGAUGGAGUUGUCACCCCAGCAAUGUCAGUAUUGUCAGCCGUUAGUGGUCUAAAGGUUGGAAUAGCUAGCCUUGAACAAGAUAAAGUGGUGAUGAUUUCAGUUGCAUUUCUUGUAAUCUUGUUCAGUGUACAGAAGUAUGGAACCAGCAAAGUGGGGCUUGCAGUUGGCCCUGCUUUAUUUGUAUGGCUUUGCUCCCUAGGGGGCAUUGGAGUCUACAAUCUUGUAAAAUAUGGUGUAACAGUUUUGAGGGCAUUCAAUCCUGUCCACAUCUAUUAUUAUUUUGAGAGGAAUUUAACUCAGGCUUGGUUAUCUCUUGGUGGUUGUCUCCUGUGUGCAACAGGUUCUGAGGCAAUGUUUGCAGAUCUUUGCUAUUUCUCUGUAGGAUCUGUUCAGCUAACUUUUGUGUUUUUGGUUCUGCCCUGCCUUCUGUUGGGAUACCUUGGCCAAGCUGCAUUCCUUAUGGAAAAUCUAACUACCUCUGAGCAGGUCUUCUUUUCGUCCAUCCCAAGUUGGGCUUUUUGGCCAGUCCUUCUUGUAGCCAACAUUGCUGCAUUGAUUGCAAGUCGGACAAUGACAACAGCGACAUUUUCAUGCGUAAAACAAUCAACAGCGCUUGGUUGUUUUCCUCGUCUCAAAAUUAUUCACACAUCACGGAAGUUCAUGGGUCAGAUAUAUGUUCCGGUCAUAAAUUGGUUUCUGCUGGUCUUCUGCUUGGCAUUUGUUGCCACCUUUGGAAGCAUAACUGACAUUGGCAAUGCAUAUGGCACUGCAGAACUUGGAAUAAUGAUGAUGACAACAAUUCUAGUAACCAUCAUUAUGCUUCUAAUAUGGCAGAUUAACAUCUUCAUUGUGCUUUUCUUUGUCAUAUUCUUUCUGGGGCUGGAAUUAGUUUUCUUCACUUCUGUUUUGGGUAGUGCGGAGGCUGGAAGUUGGGUUUUGUUGAUUUUUGCAGCAAUAUUGUUUAUGAUCAUGUACAUAUGGACUUAUGGGAGCAAGCUAAAGUAUGAAUCCGAAGUUAAACAGAAGCUUUCAAUGGAUCUGAUGAUGGAGUUGGGCUGCAACCUUGGUACCAUUAGAGCCCCUGGUAUUGGCUUAGUUUACAAUGAGUUAGUGAAAGGAAUUCCAGCAAUAUUUGGACACUUUCUGAUCACCCUUCCAGCAAUCCACUCUAUGAUCAUAUUUGUGUGCAUAAAAUAUGUGCCAGUUCCUGUAGUUCCUCAGGGCGAAAGGUUUCUCUUCCGGCGUGUCUGCCCAAAGAGCUAUCACAUGUUCCGUUGCAUCGCUAGGUAUGGCUACAAGGAUGUAAGGAAAGAGCCUCACCAAAUGUUUGAACAGCUACUUCUUGGGAGUCUUGAAAAGUUCAUACGUCGAGAAGACCAAGAACGCUUAUUAGAGAGUGGAGAUAGCGAUUCGGAUGCCGAAGCAGCGGCAUCACGUUCAAGAAUUCUUAUAGCUCCAAAUGGCAGUAUGUAUUCCCUUGAUGUCCCUCUCUUGGCUGCUUAUAACUGCACUGAGAGGCCAAGCCCAGAAGCAAGCACUUCAUCUCAUGAGGCUCGAGAUGAAGCCAUGCCAGAUGCCAGACAGAAUCUUGAGCAGGAGCUUUCAUUGAUAAACAAGGCUGAAGAGUCAGGAGUUGUCUACCUACUUGGGCAUGGUGAUAUUAGGGCCAGAAAGGACUCCUGGUUUCUCAAGAAACUAGUCAUAAAUUACUUCUAUGCAUUCUUGAGAAGGAACAGCAGGAGAGCGAUGACAACAUUGACUGUUCCCCGCACAAAUUUAAUGCAAGUUGGCAUGACCUACAUGGUUUAG